UCCAGCUCGAGCAGAUGGUGCAGUCCAGAAGAUUCAAAGUAAACCAGUUAGGAAACAAGUUCAGAGUGUGGGAUCCAUCAGGAGCCGGCCCUUGGCUGGGAAAUCUUUCUUCUUGGACCUUCCCAGGGGCAAGACCCUGGAGUUUCUGGAAAAGUCUGUGGAACGAUUUGGUGGGGUCGUGGAAAGUUUUCUCAGUAAAGAGGUGUCGUGCAUUGUCUCUAAUAACCCAGAGGCCAGGAAGGAGAAUUGGGGAAGAAAGCAAACUGCUGCUGUCUUAAGGAAUACCCAAGCUGGAACUCAGACCUCUGUGGGACUUGGAAAGGGUCACAGAGAUCCCUCACACAAGCCAGCAGAUGCCGUCCCGGUCACCCGUGGGAAGGCUCUCUUGCAGAAGGCUGUCGGGACUCAGAGUAACACCGGUGGCGGUGGCAGCAGAGUCCUUGCCAGUGCACGAUCCUGGGGCAUACAGAUUAUGCACAUGGAUGAUAUGUUCUCCUACUUCCAGUGGCUGGACUCCAAGGGGUGCCGUGCCCCAAGACAGGUUGGUGGAGGGGGCAGCUCUAGUCUGGGCAUCCUGAUGAAACCCCUUCCUUCCAGGUCGCAGGCCCGCACUCUGAAAGUGACGAGGCUCCAGCGGCCCUUCCUGAAAAUUGAAGAUGAGAGUAGAAGACUCUGCCCCUUCCUGCAGCAGUUCAAGAACUUCCCGGAACUGUGUUUCCCAGAGGGGAGAAGACACAGCAGCCCAUUUGACUCUCCACGAUCCCCGGCCAGCUCGAAAACACCAGAAGGCCAGCUGGCUCACAGCGGCAGUUCGUCUGACUGUUGUCUACUCCCAAAAAGGCAGAGAGGCUACUGUGAAUGUUGUGAAGAAACCUUUCUGGAACUGCAAAUGCACCUCCACAGCCCUCGCCAUCGGGCAUUUGUCCUGGACGCCUCCCACUAUGCUCCAGUGGACAAUCUCAUCUCCCAAAUGAACAACAUUUUUGCAGGACCCUCUUGCUCACCACUGCCGCUGAGGGUACCUCCGGCUAUUUCUGAUGACCGCUCUGGAUUUCGAGAGGACAUUUUGCAGAGCCUCCCGACAUCUUCUGGCCCACCUCCACGAUCCUGCCUGUCUGGUGAGAGCUCAGCUGGCUGCUCUGUCAGGUCAACCCCCACGGCUGAGGACCAAAGUCUCCCUGCGGAGAUGCUCAACACCCCGGCACUGCUACUCACCUCCCAGCCCCUAUCUGACCAGGCCGGUGGCAGCGGCAGCAGCAGUGGUGCUGAGCACCAUGGAAGAGGAGGAGCGGAUGCAGGUGCUCUGCUGAAGCCCGCAGCCUCCCUCAGAGCAGGAUCUUGGACUGCCCCGCAGCAAGCGAUCCGGGGGGACCCCGCUGCUCCCCUGCCCCCGCAGCCUCGUAAACGCAAACUGUCAUACAGCCCCUCUGGGCAGGUCAAGAAGAGGCCUGCGUUGACCAGACAGCUACUGCCAGAUGUGCACCCGGGCAUCCCUCCCGCUGGCCCAACAGAAGGCUCCUUUUCUCAAGAACGUGGCAGCCAGUCUGGUCCAGGAGGCCUCCAGCUCUCUGCAGUUCCAGCUGCCAAGCCCCAGCACUGCCUUCACGCCCCCACACAGCUCCCUCCGGAAGGCUCCGCUCGGCCCCCUCGAGACUGUGCUCUUACAGGUACCGGGCAGCAGCCGGAGCGGAAGGAAGGGGGUGCUGUCCUUCCCAGUGAGGAAGGGCGCACGCAGGCCCUGCACAAAUCCCCCAUUGCAGAUGCCAAACUCGUCGCGCCUGACAUUCCCUCGGCUACAUGCCCAUCCUCCCAGCUGCCUGACUCUGGGGCCCGGCCACGUUCUCCUGGCGUGGGCCCCUCUCAGUUCCUGGAGGCAGUUGGGCCAGAGUGGCCGGGCCUAGGCUUGCCUCCCCUGGUGUGCUCUGCGGAGCCCUCUUCCUCCGAGUCAGAGUGGGACAGGUCACUUCUGUGCGCCCUGGAAGGCACCUCCCGGGUCCCCUUCGAGCAUCCCAUCGACUCUGCGCUUCUGGGGACCCGCGUCAGGGUGCAAGACAGCGGCUACGAAUCCCACCUUUGUGCUGUGCUCUGGCAGACCCUGGAGCCUCGCGAGGCACGCCAGGGAGACUCAAGCGGUUGCCACGGCCACAAAGAGGUUCUGCGGACUCCCUUUGGUUCCCUGGACAGGCUGGGCCCUCUUUUCCGAAAUGAGCCCGCCCCACCCUUCUGACUGAUAUCCCCCCACGCACCCUUGCAACGGGGGGUGCUGCCAGUGGCCAGGGAGAGCACUCCACAGGACUCGGCUCUCUGUUCAGGCUGCCAAACAUGCUUCAAGGUCAGCCUGUGGGGGGGGGAGCCUUUGGGCGGCGUGGGGGAUACUUGUUGUAGCUGUAUUCAGGCUGCGUUCCUUCCCAGCAGUGGGCAAGAGAGGAAGCAGCCCUGCAGUCACACAACCCCUCCCCCAACCUCCUGCACUGCUCCCAGAAGAGGGGGGCGAAGGGCCAAGCCUGGGCCCAGUUUUCCUCCCACCACCUUCUCUGAUUUCUGGCCAGUGGCUUCUCUGGUGUUAUCUCUCUCACAGGAACGAAUGAAUUGUUUUUUAACAGGACUUUUUUUGAAAAUAAAUUUCCAAGACUGUCA